ACUAUACAGUAUAUUUUUAUGAACAGUAUGUAUGACCAUAUAAAAUAAAAAUCAUUACCCUUGUUUUCUGUUUCCUACUCUUUUUAACAAUAUUAUCUAUCUAUAUUUUUCUUUCCUUUUUUUUUCAUAAUAUAUAUUUCUCUUUCUCUCUCUUUCUUUCUUUUGCUUUGAUAUAUGUCGAUGGCUGGUUUGGAUUUAGGAACAGCAUCACGCUUCGUUCAAAAUCUUCACAGACCAGACUUACACCUUCAGCAACAACACCAUUACCAAGAUUCCCAAGAACAACAACAACACCACACACCAGAUCGUGCACCUGCACCUCAGUUCUCCGGCGAAGAAGAUGAUACCAGCCAAGGCGGCGGAAGCGGAAGCGGCGGUGGAGGCGGUUUUGAGCUCGGCUCCGGCUCUGGAGGCCGGCGCCCUCGAGGCCGUCCGCCGGGCUCGAAGAACAAGCCGAAACCGCCAGUCAUCAUCACAAGAGAGAGUGCCAACACGCUAAGAGCUCACAUCCUCGAAGUUGCGAGCGGCUCCGACGUCUUCGACAGCGUCGCUACCUACGCGCGGCGGCGCCAGCGCGGGAUCUGCAUCUUGAGCGGCAGCGGAACCGUGACCAAUGUUACUAUCCGGCAGCCAGCUGCGGCAGGCUCCGUUGUCACGCUCCAGGGAAGGUUCGAGAUCCUGUCGCUCUCCGGCUCCUUCCUCCCGCCGCCUGCACCGCCCGGUGCCACCAGCCUCAGCAUAUACCUCGCUGGCGGCCAGGGACAGGUAGUCGGAGGAAACGUCGUCGGAGAGCUGAUCGCGGCGGGGCCAGUGAUCGUCAUCGCCUCGUCGUUCACGAACGUGGCGUACGAGCGGCUUCCGUUGGACGAGGAGGAGCAGCUCCAGAUUCAGGCUCCCGGAAGUGCGGCGGCUGGAAGUCAGGGCUCCGCCGGCGUCGGAAACAACGCUUUUCCAGAUCCUUCUUCGGGUUUGCCGUUCUUCAAUUUGCCGCUUGGUAUGCAGAAUAAUAAUGUUCAAUUGCCUGUUGACGGUUACUCUUCAGGUCCACGCCCUCCGUAUUAAGGGCACGGUGUCCUUCUCAAGGGCCUCUGCCCUUAUUUCUUUGAUAUGUUGAUAAAGCUAUUGAGAAGUGAACGAUGUGAAAGUGAAAGAGGUCUCAACUCAAUUAGUAAGGUGCGAUUUGCAAAUUUCAUGGAUUAUUACUAUGCUACUGCUGCUUCUUCUUCUUGUUCAUGAUGAAUAUUGUAGUGAGUAGUUUCAGUGUUGUACUUUAAUUAAUUUCUUCUUCUACCUAAUUAGUGAGUUUCUCAUUGGAUUUUUUUGGUCUUUGGAACUUGACUUACUUUAAUUAAUGAUCUUUGUUAUCCAUUAUUCUGUUA